CCUGGAAUGGUUUAGAAGGCUUUGGAACAUCUUUGUGCUGUAUAAAAACUUGUUUUAAACGAUUGAGAGCUUAACUGAAGUGGUUGAGUGGUAGUUUAAACGAACUUUUAUAGAACAGAUGUCAACACUUGUUUGAUUGCAAAGGUUGUUAGCGUGCAGGAGUAGGAGUGCUCACAUGCUGGUUUGUAAGAUUGUUUACUAAUUGGGCCUUUAGCUCCUUUGUUCUGCAUUCAACCAAUACCAAGCUACGUCUGUCUUGUUUUCUGAGAGGUCAUAGUUGCCCUUAUAAACUAACAGAAACGUCAUUCAUUCAGUCAUAACUCAGUCACUCGAGUAACAAUCAGUAUGUCUGGUCGCGGCAAAGGAGGUAAAGGUCUCGGAAAAGGAGGCGCCAAGCGUCACCGAAAGAUCCUCCGGGAUAACAUCCAAGGUAUCACUAAGCCAGCCAUCCGUCGACUUGCUCGUCGUGGCGGUGUCAAGCGUAUCUCUGGUCUGAUCUACGAAGAGACUCGCGGUGUUCUCAAAGUUUUCCUCGAGAAUGUGAUCCGUGAUGCUGUGACAUACACCGAGCACGCCAAGAGAAAGACUGUGACAGCCAUGGAUGUGGUGUACGCUCUGAAGAGACAAGGUCGCACUCUGUACGGCUUUGGCGGUUAGACGGACACUUCGAUACACAAACAAACGGCUCCUUUAGGAGCCACCAAGUCUUGGAAAAGUCGUAAUCAAUAAAAUGGUUUUCGUCAUUGAUAAAAUGUACUGACCUACCCCACUAGGACGGGAGCCGCAUUAAACACAGCGUAUCAGCAUCCUUCUGCAAAAAUUCGUUGCGAAAUAUUGUUUUAUAGGAUUUUAAUUUCAAGAGAGAAUCAAAGUGUCUAAUCAAAGAGCGAAGACACAGCUU